CGGGGCCGCCCCGCACGCUGCGAUUGGCUCAGACGGGAUAGUAGGACGGCUCGCUGGCGCCGGUUGCGCAAGACGCCAUUUUGGAGUGACGGCAGCCAAUCUAACGGAACAUAACGGAAGCAUCGACAAGGUAGCGUUUGACAAGCGUGGUCACCAUGGGGAAUAUGUUCGCUACCCUCUUCAAGGGCCUGUUCGGCAAGAAGGAGAUGAGGAUCCUGAUGGUGGGCCUGGACGCCGCCGGGAAGACCACCAUCCUGUACAAACUCAAGCUCGGAGAAAUAGUCACCACCAUUCCCACCAUCGGUUUUAACGUGGAGACGGUCGAGUACAAGAACAUCAGCUUCACCGUGUGGGACGUCGGCGGCCAGGACAAAAUCCGCCCGCUGUGGCGCCACUACUUCCAGAACACUCAAGGUCUGAUCUUCGUGGUGGACAGCAACGACCGAGAGCGCGUCAACGAGGCCCGAGAGGAGCUUUCCCGAAUGCUGUCGGAGGACGAGCUCCGAGAAGCCGUUCUUCUGGUCUUCGCAAACAAGCAGGACCUCCCGAACGCCAUGAACGCCGCCGAGAUCACCGACAAGCUGGGCCUGCACUCGCUGCGCCAACGCAGCUGGUACAUCCAGGCCACGUGCGCCACCAGCGGCGACGGCCUCUACGAGGGCCUCGAUUGGCUGUCCAACCAGCUCAAGAACCAGAAAUGAGCGCUCCGCACGCGCCACCCGCCGACUGACCCGCCCGCCCACCGACCGACGCGCGUCUUUCUCGUUUCUUUGUUCUCUUUCCGCAGGCUGCGACGGCACCCGCCCCUUUCCUCGUCUCGGGGGCAGGGGGGAAUAACGCCGGCGCGCCUUUUCCACCCGUGUGCCCCGCCCUGCCCCGCCCCCUAAGAGGAAGCAUGCUUUUCAUUGCCCCGCCCGCCCCCCUUCAACGUAUUAAAUACCUGAUUGCUAGAUGUCAUUUCACUCCUGUAAGAAGCAUUUAACCUGUAUCAGGUCAGAGUUCACCCCCCCCCCCCCCCACGCUACCGAGCAUGGAAAAUCAUGCUUCCUCUACAGUCGACCCCCCCCCCCCCAAGGACAGGGCGCGUUUGUGGGAGGAGUCUUGUGUGGACUCAAUGAGACUUUGUGGCGAGCUUCAUUGCGGAAACAUUUCAAGCAAACCUUUUUCCUUUUUCUUCUCCGACUUGUUCUCGUUCUUCUUCCUGUCCCGCAAUUUUCUUUGUACUUUUGACCGCGCAACCAACCAACCAACCAACCAAAAACACCCCAAGCUCUUUUGACGACGACGACGACGUCUCCCAGCGGCGGGCGGAGGCGCCAUUUGGUUCGGAAGAAGUUAUUCGGGCGCCGGAUCACGUGGCCGCAGGGCAGGAAGCGUCGGCGCUCGCCGCGCGGCAGGAGAGGACGGCGUGCGGGUGGGCGGGUCUGCGGGGACGGAGUCGGCGGGCCGCCCGCGCCGUCCGCCGCCGCCGUGAUUGUAAAUGUGUAAACUGUUUGUGUGGGCUUUCUUCAGUACAUAUUAAGAAAAUAAAACGUGAGUUGAUUUCCCGGUU